UUCUACAUGACCGUACCAGUGGGACGCUGCAAAUCACGCAAAAGGAUGGAUGGGAAGGUCAUAAUCAUCACUGGGGCCAAUACAGGUAUCGGGAAAGAAGCUGCCAUGGAUCUUGCUCACAGGGGGGCCAAACUUAUUCUAGCAUGCCGAGACUUGAAGAGGGCAAUUGCAGCUGCCACCGAUAUCAAGGUAGUGACGGGAAACACGGAGGUGAUUCCCAAGUACUGCGAUUUGAGCAAACUGAGUUCCCUUAGGGAGUUUGUUGAGGAUAUCCUGAAGACGGAGGAUCGCCUUGAUGUCUUGAUAAAUAAUGCAGGGAUGCUUGGGCUUCAAGAACGAAAAUUGACCGAAGAUAACCUCGAAUAUACCAUGGCUUCAAACCACUUCGGACACUUUCUUCUCACCAAUUCUCUCCUCGAUCUUCUGAAAAAAUCUGCUCCAAGUCGCAUCAUCGUGUUAUCCUCGAUCAUGCAUCGUUUCGACCAUAAAUUCCACAGCUGUCGAAUCUACUGUGACACGAAACUUGCCAAUAUCCUCUUCACGAAGGAGCUUGCUCGUCGACUCGACGGCUCUGGAGUAGUGGCAAACUGCCUUCACCCUGGAGCAGUAUGCACAGAUUUGUUUCGGGGUAUUCCUCCCCCCCUCCUUCGGCUUACAAUAUUCUUAACGAAGACAUUCUGCCGGACGCCAGAGUUGGGUGCUCAGACUGUCAUCCACCUGGCAGUGGCAGAGGAAGCUGGACGGGUGAAUGGGAAGUAUUGGAGUGAAUGCAAGAUUGAUCAAGAGAGUCCGACGGCCAGCAACAUGGACCUGGCUAAGGCGCUCUGGGAAAAGAGUACUCAGGCUGUCAAGUAUGACCGUAGCCACUCUAAAUCUCGGACUCCUCUAAAUCUCCGCAAGAACUAA